AUGCCCUCUCGCAAGAAAGCCAAACUUGCUCACUCCGCAGGCCCUGAGACGGACGCGACGCAUUCUAGCGCAGACACGCCCUCAACCGCAGAAUACGACUCCCUUACCGACCCGUGGACAGAUGAGCAAGAGACCGCGCUAUUAAAGGCAAUUAUUAAAUGGAAGCCAGUUGGCUUGCACAAAUCUUUUCGCAUGCUCGCAAUCUCGGAUUAUUUGAAGAGCCAAGGAUAUGCUCCUUCUACUGCAGAGCAUAUGCGAGUUCCUGGAAUAUGGAAAAAAUUGGGCACGCUCUACAACCUCGAAGCUCUCGAUGAACGGGAAAAUGCGGUUAUCACAGGAGAAAAUGACGAAGAUGAUGAGGCCGAAGGUGACGAAGAAAAAGCAGAAAACGACGAAGAGAAUGAACGAUAUUGCCCUUUUGAGCUUCCGUACGAGGAAUAUGGGGAUAUGAUGUUUGAGAGGCGGCUUGCCAUGGAGGGAUCCUCAUCGCCCGAGACUAGCCGCAUGGCCGACUCUCGACGAGGGAGUACUGUAGCUGAUACAGAUGCAGAACCUCGAUCCUCACCGGCUCCGUCACGAGAUCGCAAGUCUAGCCGUGGAACGCGCACGGCUACUCGAGAAACGCGCUCGACAAAGAUGCAAGUGGAAAUAGGUGCCGAAGACCAGGACAAAGCCUCUGAUGAUGAAGGCGGCUCCGACGAAGAAGACGAUGAAAACGAGGAAGGCGAAGGGGAUGGCGACGAGGAAACCGAUGGGAAGGACAGUGAAGCUGAGGAAGAAGCUGAAGAUGAAAAAGGAUCGCGAAGUACCCGGGCUAAAACUUCUCGGUCCAAGCCCAAGGAUAAGAAGGCCUCAGCCAGCACUGGCACUCGCCGAAAGGGUCGUCGCCGUUGA